GAGGCGAUUGGGGGAGACAGCUGCCACUCCCCGGCCUCCCCGCCCCGUUCGCCACAGGGCGGGCACCAAGGAGCCCCGCCCCCGCCGCUGUACCGUGGUUCGGGCUUCGCCGCGUCGGGAUGAGCCGCGUUUCCCCAUGGAGACCAAACGGGCCGAGAUCCCCAGCAGCGUCUUGGACGACCUGUGCAGCCGAUUUAUUUUACACAUUCCAAGUGAAGAGAGAGACAAUGCAAUCAGAGUGUGUUUUCAGAUUGAACUUGCCCAUUGGUUUUACUUGGAUUUCUACAUGCAAAACACACCAGGAUUACCUCAGUGUGGGAUAAGAGACUUCGCUAAAGCUGUCUUCAAUCACUGCCCUUUUUUACUGCCUCAAGGUGAAGAUGUACAGAAGGUUCUAGAGGAGUGGAAAGAAUACAAAAUGGGAGUGCCAACCUAUGGUGCAAUAAUUCUUGAUGAGACACUUGAAAAUGUUCUUUUGGUUCAGGGCUAUUUAGCAAAGUCUGGUUGGGGAUUUCCAAAAGGGAAAGUAAAUAAAGAAGAGGCUCCUCAUGACUGUGCUGCUAGAGAGGUGUUUGAAGAAACUGGCUUUGACAUUAAAGAUUAUAUCUGCAAAGAAGAAUACAUUGAGCUGCGAAUUAAUGAUCAGUUAGCACGGUUGUACAUCAUUCCAGGAGUUCCUAAGAACACAAAAUUCAACCCCAAAACCAGAAGGGAAAUUCGGAAUAUUGAAUGGUUUUCCAUUGACAAAUUACCAUGCCACAGAAAUGAUAUGACUCCAAAGUCCAAGCUGGGUUUGGCACCUAACAAAUUUUUUAUGGCAAUUCCCUUUAUCAGGCCAUUGAGGGAAUGGAUUUCACGAAGGAAUGGAGAUUCCUCGGAUAGUGACAAUGGAUUUUCAUCUACAGGGAGCACACCCUCUAAACCCAACUUGGAAAAAGCUAGAUCCAAAAUUCGCUGUAGUCAGCAGGUGUUUACAGAUGGCUUUUCAGCAGAACAGUGGGUGAAGCCAAAACAGCCACAGAAGCCAUAUAAUAAUCCUGAGAUGUCUGAAAUAUUGAAAAUAAAGAGUCAGAGCUUGAGAAGCAAUGGCAAAAAGCAGUGUCAAGAUAGUUCCAGCCAAAAGAAGCGAACAAAUGGAGUACACAAUCAACCAGUUAAGCAAAACCAUGCCUGGAAAUGUGAAAAAAGGCUUAAUCCAAGAAGACUUCAAGAUAACUUUGAAACAGCAGAUGCAGUGUAUGAUCUGUGUUGCUCCAGUGAAGACCCACUGCCAGACCACAUAGAGGGACAGUCUGUGGCGUGCAAUGGCCAUUACAAAUUUGCUUUCUCAUCAAGAGCUUUCUUGAGUUUCAAGUUUGACCAUGAUGCCAUAAUGAAAAGUUUUGACCUCUGACAGAAAACUUACUAGGAACGAAAAUCAGACUUGCCUGUUGCAAUUGAGGGAGUUUCUUAUCCAGCCUUACUCUUUCUCAGGAGUUUUUUGUUUUAUUUGUUUGUUUUUAAAUGCAAUGCAGGGACUGACUGAUGAUUUGGAAGGGUUUGUUCUCUUUGUGGUAUGGAAGUGGCAUAAUCAAAUGUUGCACUUUAAAUGCAGUAUAGCCUUUGUCCACAAAAAUACCUUUCCAGUGUUCAGUUCACUUGUUCCUGGCUGUGCGUUAGAGGGCAUUUUUUUUUUAAACUUGCUGUGUGUUUUGUAGAAUGUCAUUGACUUUUUUUUUUUUUUUUUUUAAACUGUUGGAGUAUACCAGAUUGCUGAACUUUUAACUGCUCUGGUGUAAAUUAUUUGACUUGUUAGUCAUUAUUGUGUAGUAGAUUGCAAUAUUAUGGCAGUGGCAAUGAAACUGAUUUCUCAGAGAACUCCUCUGUCUGCCCUAGAAAUUUUGAAACCCAAGUUGCACAUUUCAAACUUAGCCUCAGCCAGUCAUCCUUUCCCUUUCCUGGUUGCUUGCCCAAAAUAUCUUCCUCUCUUCCCUCCUUCACACUGAUAGUUUUUCUUGGCAGGUGGUCUGUAGCACUUGGAGUCAAGUCUAUAGCAUUUUGACUUCUUGCACCUACUCUGCCUGUCUUCGGUGGGGAUACACAAACUGGGUAGAACUUAGCCAUGCCAAGAGUCUAGCUUCAAAUCUUAUGCACUGUCCCCAGAUGGGUAGGAAGAAGUUGCCAAGUUUUGUGUUAUCCCAGUUGCAGCUGCUUUCAAAAAAUAAAAGCUUAAACUUUGUGAGAGGUUACUUGUGUAGAAUUUAUACUGAAUGUAAAUAAGCCUCUGCAGAUCUUGCUGAGGAGGAAGGCAGGUGCAUGGAUAACAGAGUCAUUGUGUGACACUAAACAGCUUAAUCAGGAUUGCAAUAACUAUUCUAAGGGUGUCCAGUGUUGUAUUUUCUGCUGUUGUCCUCAGAUCUCUUGUGUAGUGUAUGCUCUGUAUAUAUCCAGUAGUACUGAAUUGCACUUGAGUUAGCAUUUAAAUGAUGUAGCCUCAGUCAUUUUCAGCUACGACACUUUCGUAGUAAAAAUAUCAAAGAUUUGUGGGGGGAGGAGGGAACAAACAAAAAACCAGUAAGAGUUUGAAGUGACAAACUUAACUGUUAACUCACCUUCAUGAUUCAAGUUAAGGGGUUUUGAAUGUGUGCUUUGCAGUUGAGAGACAUGCACUUGAACUCACUUGUCCCAGCAGCUUGUGGUAGCAAGCAUGUUGUCGCAGAUUCGCAAGUGGACUUUCUCCAAAACAAAGGUGACUUCACUGGUUGAGUGAACUAUGCCCUUGUCCCAUCACAGUGUACGUUCAUACACUGAGUCUUUAUGCAACUUGUAUGUCAUCUAAAACCAAAAUCCUGGUCUUCCUUCAACUACCCUACUUCAUCUGCCCUACUUGAUCUUUUACCUAGUGCUUUUCCUCAGAAGUAGCUUUAGAACUAUCUCUUUAUUUAUUACCUGCCCAGCACCAGGUGAUUAGUGGCUCUAACGCUGUAACAAUCUUGGUGAUAGAAUGCUGGAGUUCUGUACCAGUCAACAGGAAAAGCAGACUGCAGCAUUUCCUCCUUCUGGAGGACAAGAGUCCUGAGGGCCUUGUUUGUCAAGACCAAAUUGUGAAAUAGCUCAAUCUAUCUUUGUCUCACCUCGUUUUCUUAAAAAAAAUAAAAAAAUUUUAAAAAAAAAUCCAAAGGUUGUUCAAAACAGUUCAAAACAGUAAAUGGUGAAAGGCAGUAACUGAGGAGGUGGCAUAAUGCUGGAGGAGGUUGUGUUAUUCAGCUUCAGGUGAAAAAUGAAUCUUUAGUUACUUCUUUAGUGCAAGUAGUUGAUUUCCCAGCAAAAGUGCCUUUACACAUAGUGAGGCAGAAGUUUGUAUUCAUAUCCUGAGGCUGCUACUGCCUGUGGAGUUAACAGGACUCUCCUAAGGCGUGAUUAAGUACUAGGCUGUGGAAAUCUUUUAUAACUGUAUUUUUUCUGAAAAGUCAACUUAUAUUUCAUCUAGUGCUCUGUGAAUUAAGGGGGAUAUUGAUGAAACAGUGAACUUGGAGCUUCUGUUAACUGUUUGGGAAAUCAUGUCACAGACAGCGGAAGCCUUUAGAACGGAGCAAGCGUGUUCUAUGAACAGGAGAUGCUGGCUGCCCUCUAUAUUCACUGGGUCAGUCUUCUUCUUAGUGGAAGUUUGGUUCAGUGUAAUAGAAAUUGGUUGCUUCAUUAAGCAGCCCAAAGUGGGGCUUAUACAUAUGUCAUUAUUUUAGUAAAUCUAGCCUUAAUGUGAGUUGCAAAUAAAUGUGAUAAAUAUGCAAUAACUUUCUUCUUUGUAUAAUGGUACUGUUUCUUGUAGUAGCAUUGCUUUCUCAGUAUGGUUUCUAAACAACCAAGUGUGGUGGCAUGUGUUCUUCCUUACGGGUUCCAUCAUGCCCUGCAUUGUGAACAUUAUGAAUUGUUUACUCUUGUUUAUGGUUUCAUUUCACUAUUGUUUUAUAAUUAAUUAUGUUUCUAAGUUUAGACGUACAGUUUACAUUAGCUUCUGUAAAACAGUGAGGAAAUAACAAGUGACAUACAGAAUUUAGUUCCAUGAGUUUUUAUUUCAUGGGAGCUAGACACAGAGCAACAAGUAACUGUUUGCUUGUCAGACCUAAGAGCUGAUGUCAAGAUACUUGAAAAACAAACAUUGCUCAAUUUAUGCUUAAUGCUAAAGUAAGUCAGAAUGCUUGCCUGUAAGGGGUUAUUCAGAUUAUAAAUAGUUAUUCUAUGUCCUCGAAAUGAAAGAACUCAUGAAAUAAACUAACGUAUAUCAAAAUAAAACUAAAA